AUGGAGACCUUUUCCAGUUCAACUACGACAUCCACCCUGACCAUCAUACAUUCAACUGGAGUGUUUUUGCACAAUGUUGUUUGGUGUGGUUGUCCUGGGUCUAAGCAUCAGCAGCAUCUGCAGUUGCUGAAGGCCAGGUUAUUUCCUGCAAGCGUCACUCGACCCCGAACUGCCUUCACUUUUGAAGUCUUAGAUCAUUUUCUAAUUGAUGCACUAGAGUGCAAGACUUCAGCAUCAAGCUUCUUUGAGAAAAUUCGACGAAUGACCAAUCACUCAUUCCCUGGUACUGUUCCUAAUCGAUAUCGAGAACUCAUGAGGGUGUCUCGUCUAUGGAGAGACUUGAUGAGCCGAAAAUGCUUCGGAUUUGGCCAUGACACUAGGGAGAAACCUGGCAAGGGUGAUCUGGCUUGGUUUUGCCCUUCGUGUCCUCAGCCUGGCAUCAACAUACCUGAUAACUGGCAAGACAAUUGGCUCAUUUCGCAAAGAUUCGUUGUGGAUGGAAACUUUACUGCUCAACAUAUGACUAUGAAAAAGCCACAGUUAGACAUUAGUCUUUCAGAUGGUCUUGGUUAUAUGGUGAAAGAGAGAGAAUAUCAGACUCAUCUCUCAUUGGCUGUCGAAAGUAAGGAGCGCUCUUCUUGUAGCAAUCACCGAGCAAUCAACACUGCAAAUAUCAGCAGGAGUAAUCUUCGAGCAACAGGGGUAGGAGCAACUGCCUGUGCCCGACAUGGAUGCUUUGUUCCACACAGCAUAGUUGAUUUUCAGAAGGGCGAAAGACACAUGAACAUUGACUAUUCAAUAUGCAAUGCUUUGAAUUAUCAUUCGGCUGGUAUAGACUCCUCUCUCAUUAUUUAUGAUGUGGGGUGUCAGUGGAGUAUUAAUUUUUUACAGAGAGUGGCUGAGAGCCAAGGCUUAUCCGUACCAGAAAAUAUGCAGAUCAUCCCUGCGGUUGGAAAAUUCCAUCUCAGCGCUCACAAAUUGGCUUGCUUUGCAAGGUACAGCCUCAACUUUGUUCAAGGCGCUGGACAUGUUGAUGGGGAGAUUUUGGAGACCUUAUGGGCACCAUUCAAUAAGAUUUCCCCAACUGCUCGGUCAAUGAGUCAUGCUCAUCGCCAAGAAGUUCUUGAUGAUCAUAUGAGAGACUCAAACUGGAAAAAAAUAGUUGGAAUAAGUAAGCACUUCAAUCAUGUAUAUCUAAAACUGUGCUUGACACUUAAAAUUCUAGCGAAGACUCUCUUGACCAAGUAUAAACGUGCUCUCAAAGGUGUUGAUGAGACAAAAUCUCCUUUUGAUGAACUGGCCCAGUCUCUGAAUCCUGGGAAGAUUUUGAUGUGGGAAAUUGAUGAGAAAAAGGCUGUGGAAGAACGUGGGGAGUAUCUUGACAUCUACCAGUUGCAGAUCAACAAAGCCCCAACUAUGGCAGAGAUUCGGCUCAAAUUAACCGAGUCUGAGAACGUUGACGACAGACUUCCAGGAACAGUAUCUUGGCUCAUCACUGGUAUCAAUCUGGAGGAUUUACAGGAUGCAUUGAGAGCGAACAUACGACAACUUCCUAAUGAUGCAACCUCUGCUCAGAAAGCUUCUAUAGCAGAAAAGAGACAGAGAUUGGCAGCUAGGAUUGCCAAAUUUCAUGAAACUGCCGAUGCUAUGACUGCUGGCAUGGAUCUUGAUAUUGGAACAGUGCAUUCUGACGAUCCUAGAUUCUGUCGUACAGAUAACGAUGGUAAUGAGUGGGUGGAGGUUUCAGAUGAAGAGAUCUCAGAGGAUAUAGAUGAAGAAAUCCUCACAGAAGAGAUGGGUAUCUGGAUGCCAUCUUCGACUUCUCGACACAACAGAUUGACUCUUGGGCUGGGCCCCCUUCAAGCUGAAGAGUUGGAACUUCGAAAAGGCCAAGCCAACGACUGCCUAGAAAACCUUCGUAUGGCUCUCGGUCACAAGGCCCUUAUUUAUCGUCAGUAUUUUCGAAGUGCCGAUUCUACAUGGGCUGGCACCAGGUCGAAGCAAGAAGCUCGUCGAUGUCAGCUCAAAAUUGACAAAUAUGUAAGAAGCUAUCAGAGGGCAAGGUCAGCAAUGCAACAUCUAGGCAUGGACGAAGCUACCUUGGGCAGUAUUUAUCGAGAAAUAUUGCCCACCGAACUGAGUAUAGACAAAGAGGUGACAGAAGAAAAUAGAUUUGGUCAAGGGUCAGACAGACUGGCUUGGUUUUGGAGGGUGAAUAAUGCCAACGAAGGUCAAGAAGAUGCUUGGAUGGAUGAAUUCUAUAGGGUCAACUGGUUGAAGGCAAAGGCUAGAUGGAGUAGAUGGCAGGAGGAGUUGAGUCUGGUAAGACAUGAAAUGGGUUGGACCAUAAACUGGUUCAAGUAUCACCAGAAAGAAUGGAACAGAAGGUGGCAGCAAGCGACUAGACCUGGUCAUCAAGCCUAUGCUUAUCAACAGGUCUUGAUGUGGGGAAGGUUUGCUCAGGAUGCUGAGAAGGCUUUCAAUGGGUGUGGAUUUGUACCUUGA